UUUGCUACGACCGGCCAUAUUUUUUGCUACGUCCAUUCACGGCGAGCUGCGACCUGCGGCGACUCCAAAAGCAUUGCUGCGGCGACGAACGGCUGCCCGGGGAUGAUUAUGAAAUUCCUCGGUUUCUCCUCCUCUUGGUGUCCCUCCUCCCUCAGAUCCAUGGCCGAGUUCUUCGGAAGGAAGAGCAGGUACGUGCGCAUGGACGACCUGCUCCCGCCGGAGCCGGUGGUGGAGAAGGAGGAGGGCGUCGGCGGCGGGGUCCGUGUUCGCGGCGGCGCGAGGAGACACGUCUUCUUCUGCUCCGUCUUCGCCUCCCUCAACCACGUCCUCCUCGGCUACGGUACGGUGAGCAGCGGAGCAGAGCUCCAGCUCCUCAAUGGUGUUUCCUGAUGCAGAUUUGUUAUAGCUUUCGUUCUAUCGCCGUGUCUCUCUCUGCAGACGUCGGUGUGAUGAGCGGCUGCAUCAUCUUCAUCCAGAAGAACCUCCACAUCGACGAGCUACAGCAGGAGGUGCUCGUCGGCUGCCUCAGCUUCAUCUCGCUCCUCGGCAGCCUGGCUGCCGGCAGGACGUCCGACGCCAUCGGCCGGAAGCGGACCAUUGGGCUCGCGGCCGCCAUCUUCCAGGCCGGCGCGACCGUGAUGGCGCUCGCGCCGUCCUUCGCCACGCUCAUGGCCGGGAGGCUGCUGGCUGGCAUCGGCAUCGGGUUCGGCCUCAUGGUCGCGCCGGUGUACAUAUCGGAGAUCUCGCCAGCGGCGCAUCGGGGCUCGCUCGCCUCCCUCCCUGAGAUCUUCAUAAGCUUCGGCAUCCUCCUCGGCUACGUCUCCAAUCUCGCCUUCGCGGGCCUCCCUGACCACGUCAACUGGCGCGUCAUGCUCGCCGCCGGCAUCCUCCCGUCCAUCUCCGUCGCCUACGUGCUCACGGUGAUCCCGGAGUCGCCGCGGCGGCUCGUCAUGCAGGGGCGCACCGGCGAUGCGCGGGCCGUGCUUGUUAAGGUAACCGAGACCGACGAAGAAGCGCAGGAGAGGCUCGCCGAGAUCGAGGAGUCGGCGCGCGUGACAACCAACGACAAGGCGGUGUGGAGGGAGAUCGCGAGGCCGUCGCCGGUCGUCCGCCGGAUGCUGCUCGCCGGGCUGGGUGUCCAGUUCUUCCAGCAGGCCACCGGCAUCGACGCGCUCGUCUACUACAGCCCGACCAUAUUCCGUGACGCCGGCAUCGCCAGUGAGGGCCACCUCCUGGCCGCCACCGUCGCGGUGGGGCUCUCCAAGACGAUCUUCAUCGUGAUCGCCAUACUCCUGGUCGACCGCGUCGGCCGGAAGCCCCUGCUCCUCAUCAGCACGGUCGGCAUCACCGCCUGCCUGGCCGUGCUCGCCGCGUCUCUCUGCCUUCUCGCACGCGGCGCGCUCCCGGGCGGCGCGGCGGUCGCGCUGGCCAUCGUGACGGUGUGCGGCUUCGUGGCCUUCUUCUCGGUGGGCAUCGGGCCCAUCAACAUGGUGCUGAGCUCGGAGAUCUACCCGCUGAGGCUGCGCGCGCAGGCGGUGGGCCUCGGCCUGGCGGUGAACCGGCUGACCAGCGGCGCCGUGGCCAUGUCGUUCCUGUCCAUCUGCCGCGCCGCGUCCGUGGCCGGCGCGUUCACGGCGUUCGCGGCCGUCUCGGCGCUGUCCGUGGCGUUCGUGCUCUGGUUCGUGCCCGAGACCAGCGGCAAGACGCUCGAGGAGAUCGAGUUGCUGUUCGGGGAAGCCGGUGGCAGCGGCGGCGACGUGGAGCUCGGCGACGGUGAACAUCUGGUGCACGGGCGAUGA